CCUGCCUGCUUAGUGCUGGCUGUGACUGUAGACUACAAAUCCCAGAAACACCUGAAAGCAGGAAGAGGAAGUGAUGAGCAACCCUGUAGAGUCAUGCUGUUAUGAUUGUGUACUGCAAAUCCCAGAGACCUUGGGGGCAGCAGGAAGAGGAAGCAAACACAGCCCAUGUAGCUACGUGCCAGAGAGCUGUGCUCUAGCACCACCCUGGCUUCUGCCUUGAGCCAGUACAGUUGAAAAAGCUCACUGCUUGAAGAAAUACAACAGUUAAAAGUUCCUCUGUGAAUUGCUGACCAAACAGCAGCACACACCAACACAAAUGUAUGCUUACACCCACCAAGGUGACAAUAGUGGAUGGGCAAAUAUAUUUGACAUGGUCCAUGGAAAGCCUAAUUAUCUGGACUUAUCAGAAGAGUGCUGUCUCCACCAGUACCCAGAAAGUUGUGACUGCAUAGAAACUGAAUUAGAAUGUGUAGAUGUUAAUUUAAAAUCUGUUCCACUUGUUUCAAGCAAUGUCACCCUACUGUCUCUUAAACACAACCAGAUCCAUGCUCUUCCAGAUGAAGUUUUCAGCAGAUAUACAGAAGUGAAGAAAAUAUUUCUGCAACAUAAUUGCAUUCAGACAAUAUCAAGAAAAGCAUUUUUUGGAUUAUACAAACUUCAGAAAUUAUAUCUCAGUCAUAAUUGCAUCACCAGUCUGAAACCUGGGAUAUUCAGAGACCUACACAAAUUGAAAUGGCUAAUUCUAGAUGAUAACCCAAUAGUGAAAAUUUCACAAAAACUAUUUACUGGUCUAAAGUCCUUGUUUUUUCUGUCUAUGAUAAACAACUCACUUGUGACCCUUCCAGGGAAAAUAUGCACUCAAAUGCCUCUUAUUAACUGGAUGGAUUUUGAAGGUAAUCACAUUAAAGCCUUAACUAAUGCCACCUUUCUGGAAUGUAAUGCACUCACGGUGCUGUGUCUUCGUGGAAAUCAAAUUCAUUUUGUGCCUGAAAAGACAUUUUCUUCCUUAAAACAUUUGGGAGAACUGGAUCUGUCUAAGAACAUAAUUACUGAAUUACCACAUUAUAUCUUUAAAGACCUGAAAUAUUUACAAAAACUUAAUUUGUCUUUCAAUUCACUUUCUCACCUCUAUGAGGAUCAGUUUGAGAGUCUUCAACAACUUCAGUCUUUAGACUUGGAAACAAUAGAGAUCCCAAAUAUAAAUGCAAGGAUGUUUCAGCCCUUGAGGAACCUUUCCCACAUGUACUUCAAAAAAUUUCGGUAUUGCUCCUAUGCUCUCCAUGUCCGAAUAUGCACUCCAUUAACAGAUGGGAUUUCAUCAUUUGAGGACCUCUUAGCUAACAAUGUUCUAAGAGUAUUUCUCUGGGUCAUAGCUUGCAUUACAUGUUUUGGCAAUCUUUUUGUCAUUGGAAUGAGAUCGUUCAUCAGAGCUGAAAACAAAACACACACUAUGUCUAUCAAAAUGUUGUGUUGUGCUGAUUGUCUAAUGGGUGUGUAUUUGUUCUUCAUUGGAAUCUUUGAUGUUAAAUACCGUGGAGAGUAUAAAAAAUAUGCCGUGCUGUGGAUGGAAAGCUUACCAUGUCAUAUCAUGGGGUUUCUGGCCAUGUUGUCUACAGAAGUCUCUGUCCUUUUGUUGACAUAUCUGACUUUGGAAAAAUAUUUAGUGAUUGUCUUUCCCUUCAGUAAUAUCCGACCAGGAAAACAUCAAACAGUAAUAAUCCUUGUUUCCAUAUGGAUUAUUGGAUUUGUUAUAGCAAUAAUCCCAUUUGGGGAUGAGGACUUUUUUGGAAAUUAUUAUGGGAAAAAUGGAGUUUGUUUCCCACUUUAUUCUGAUCAAACAGAAGAAAUUGGAGGCAAAGGGUAUUCUUUUGGCAUUUUUCUUGGUGUGAACCUACUUGCCUUCAUCAUAAUAGUGUUUUCAUAUGUCAGUAUGUUUUAUUCCAUAAAAAAAACUGCCCUUCAGACAUCAGAAGUCAGGAGCCAUAUUCAUAGGGAUGUUGCUGUUGCCAAUCGAUUUUUUUUUAUAGUAUUCACUGAUGCCAUCUGCUGGAUUCCUGUUUUUGUUAUAAAAAUCCUCUCUCUGUUCCAAGUGGAAAUUCUAGACACAGUCACUUCCUGGAUAGUGAUAUUUAUUCUACCAAUAAACAGCGCGUUGAACCCAAUUCUCUACACUCUAACAACAACUGUCUUUAAGGAGAAGUUAAAACAGUUUCUGCACAGUCAUCGAAGGAGGUCUGUUUUAAAAAAUGACAGAAACAGCUUGGCUACAUCAGUGUGCACAGGUGGUUCCCUAAUUCACGCCUCCUCAUUUAAACUUGGAUUAUUAAACAAACAAUCCUUGGGGAUAGUAAAAUUAACUUAAUCAUACAAGUGAUGGUUUUUCAGCGAGAUCAUGGGAACUGGAUCUCAAUGGAUUGCAGUAAUGCUAAUCUCUUUGAGAUUUAUUUAGAAAUUUCUUUGUCAUUGCCACCUCUGUAUUCAUCUUCCCAUAAAAUAAUAAAAGCAACAGCUGGUAGUUUAUCUGGGUGUCGUGUUAAGGUUCAAAGCAAGCAUGCUGAAUGUUGGAACUGAAAACAAUGACACAUUUCUAUUAUUCAUUCCAUUUCCCCAGUCACCAAUUAUACUAGCAGUUCCCUAUUAUAGCCUUUGUAACACUGAAGAAAUACAGAAGUAAAAAUUUCCAAAAAUGAUUUGGCUAAGUGAGAUUAUAAGUAGUUUUCACCAAGGAUGAAAACUGCCAGUGGGCAGUAGGCCAGCACACACUCUGUGCACCAUGGAAGUCCAGUUUCAUUCUGUUGGAUGUUAAUAGAAUAUAGGCACUCUGUUGGCUGUCUGCAGAGAGAUGAAUGCCCCCUUGAGCACAUAAUUUCACAUGCCAACCACACAAGACAUAAUUAAAGGUCAUUCUUUUAGUGCAUCUCAGGGUUUGUUAAUCCCAGUUAGAUCUGACUUGGUGCAACAGAGUAGCCAUCUUUAUUCUAUGAACAAAAGGCUUAACUGAAUGUUCUUCAAGCAUAACAGGAGACAAACACAACAUAGAAUGUCCCCAUCUAUUGGGAGGAGCGUGUGUUGUACACACUGACACACACAUGUGCACCUCAUCCCUCCUAGGUAACAUUUUCCUUUAAGUACUUGGGCCAGAUGGUGACUUGCCUCAGAUGACAUGAUUCAAAACUGACUGGGGAAAAAUAGAUGGAGGCCUAACAGACCACAAAGAAGGCCAGCUGGGUUUUGAGCCUGUUCCAAAAUAUGUGUAAGAAUCAAAAGGAAGAGACUAACCUGAUUGAAGAAGAACCCAGGCAGAGCAGGGAAUACAAGCAGCUGUUGCAAGGAGGACAGUUGUGUGCCUGGGUACUAGGCAAGGAGGUGGAAAUGGAUGGAGUGGAGUAGAGUUUUAUGUUGUUGACUGGAGAGUCUGUUGGUGUUUUCCAUUGUGUGUAUUGUUUAUCUGGUAUUGUAAGCCAGGCUAAGCCUUUCUGGAUAGGGUGAGGUAUAAAUGUAAGUAAUAAUAAUGUUAAUGUAGUGUUAGAGUGAUGUUGUAGCCAUGACUGUCGAGGAAUGAUGUAAGAGGCAAGAAUUUCCUAGGGUGAUACAUUAUUGGACCAAUUGCAUAGUUGGGAUAGAGUUAGACAAGCUUUUGAAUAAAGAAUGUCUAUGCCAGGGGUAGGCAACAUUUUUGCCAGAGUGCCAAAAAUACCACAAUGCCUACCUUAUAGGAUGCCAGAGUGCUGGCACACCAGAAAAACAAAACUGGGGUGGGGGGCACAUGGCAGGACACACUGCAUAUUAAUAUAGUUAAUAAUCAUAAAUGCUGCUUUUUUAUGGUAAAUACCAAAUUUUCUAAAAAUUCUACAGGAGGUAACAAUAAAUAAAACUUCAUAUACUACCUUUA